UUGUCCUCUGAUUUAGGUAGGCCUUUCAGGCCUUGAAGUCAGCGGGAUUAAGGAACUUCUGAAAGCAGUAUGGCUCUUGAGAGCGUGUGGGCUCCACAGGCAGCAAUCAUAGGGGAUGGGCCUGCCAAGAAAGUGGGUGACCAAACCUCCUCACAGACACAGGUCCUCCAGACUGCCUUCUUAAAGGAUGGCCCCGCGAAGCGGGCAGUGUGGGUCCGACGAAAUAGUAUAGCACCAGAAGAACCUACUAAAUCAACAGCGGCCAAGGACAGGCUCAAGCUAGAGGUAAGCAAAGCGGUGGUUGUGGAUCUUGGCACUGGCUACUGUAAAUGUGGCUUUGCUGGCCUGCCAAAGCCCACCCACAUGAUCUCAACGACAGUGGGCAAGCCCUACAUGGAAACUGCCAAGACCGGGGAUAAUCGCAAAGAAACAUUUGUAGGGCAGGAGCUCGUCAAUCCAGAGAUCCGCCUCAAGCUAGUCAAUCCUCUGCGACAUGGCAUCAUUGUGGACUGGGAUACAGUGCAGGAUAUCUGGGAGUAUCUCUUCCGUCAAGAGAUGAAGAUUGCCCCAGAGGAGAAUGCAGUCUUGGUUUCAGACCCACCCCUGAGCCCACACACCAACAGAGAGAAGUACGCUGAAAUGCUGUUUGAAACUUUCAACACCCCAGCAAUGCACAUCGCCUACCAGUCCCGCCUGUCCAUGUACUCCUAUGGAAGGACCUCUGGCCUAGUGGUGGAGGUUGGCCAUGGUGUGUCCUAUGUGGUCCCCAUCUACGAGGGUUAUCCUUUGCCCAGCAUCACUGGAAGGCUAGACUACGCAGGCUCUGACCUGACAGCGUACCUGAUGAGCCUGAUGAACAAUUCAGGGAAACACUUCACUGACGACCAGAUGUCCAUUGUGGAAGACAUCAAGAAGAAAUGCUGCUUUGUGGCCCUGGACCCCAUUGAGGAGAAGAAAGUCCCUUCCAGUGAGCAUACGAUCCAGUACAUGCUGCCUGAUGGGCAGGAGAUACACCUGUCCCAGGAGAGGUUCCUCUGCUCAGAGAUGUUCUUCAAGCCAUCUCUGAUCAAGUCCAUGCAGCUAGGCCUCCACACCCAGACGGUGUCCUGCCUUAACAAGUGUGACAUUGCCCUCAAACGUGACCUCAUGGGGAACAUCCUGCUCUGCGGAGGCAGCACCAUGCUCAGUGGUUUCCCUAACCGUCUACAGAAGGAGCUGAGCACCAUGUGUCCCAAUGAUACCCCACAAGUAAACGUGCUACCUGAGAGAGACACUGCAGUGUGGACUGGUGGCUCCAUCCUGGCCUCGCUGCAGGGCUUCCAACCACUGUGGGUCCACCGCUUUGAGUAUGAGGAACACGGGCCUUUCUUCCUCUACAGACGGUGCUUCUGAACUAAUGAGGCAUGGCCACUGCGGUGGGAGAGCAUCAGCUUGGUGAGCACCCAUCCUCCACACAGGGAGCAGAGCCCGCAUUCAUUCCUGUAACAUUAAAUAGCCCUUGUGUUCCCCUCCAUGGUGUGUGUCUCUACUU